UCUACAUCACCUUUUCGGAUUCUCUUGCAAGGGAAUUAAUGCCGGGAGAAUAGAAUCCAUUCUCACUCAUGGCCUUACGAGGUCUCACUAUUCCAAUUAUUUCCUCACCCCAUUAUUUGUGUGCGCUUGGUAAGCCGAGAAGUUUGCCUCCUCUUCGCCUGUCAGCCCUUCGAUUUCUAACCAGGUCAAACUCUACCUGCUGGUCAAACAUACAAGGCAUUCGCUCUCAAGCAAUGGCUGACAGUUCUAGCACCGUGCCUAGUGUUGCUGUUUUUGUAACUGUACCAAACAAAGAACAAGGUAGGAAGCUGGCUCGAAGCAUAAUUGAGGCAAAGCUUGCUGGUUGCGUCAAUCAAGUGCCUGGUAUUGAGUCAACUUACUGGUGGCAAGAUAAGAUAGAGACAGAUUCAGAAGAGAUGCUUAUAAUUAAGACACGCCAGUCUCUUGUAGAAUCGUUGACAGCACAUGUUAAAGCUAACCACCCAUAUGAGGUAUGCGAAGUCAUUGCUUUACCUAUUAUGGGAGGGAACAAUGACUAUCUAAAGUGGCUGAAGGAAAGCACUAGAGAAUGACGGAUAUAUUUUGUGCAUACAAACUAUAUGGUUUUUAUGAUCUGUCUUUGACAGCAAUGUAUAACUAAUUUUAUAGAUAAUGUUUCAGAAACAAGUAUCACAAGUGAUGAUUAGUUUUUAUCUUUCAUUUUCAGAUAUGAAUCUUUGUUAGUAUACCUAGCUGAUUAGUUCAAGAUAUGGCUGAGAUUUUUAGGAUAAAUUUAAUAAAUCAAAUGGUGACAAGGACAUCAAUGUAAAUACAGAGGAAAACUUAGCCUGGUUCA